CAGAGCAAGCUCUAGCUAGACCUCCUUUCCUCCAACACUUGUUCCUCCGCUCAUUUGCCCUCAAGUCUCCACUGAAUCUCUCGCAGCUCAGUGGAGAGUCAUGCACAGCUACAGAGCCAUGCACCCGUACCCACACCCGUACCAGCACCACACCGCCGCCGUUCCAACCAAGCACGGCCACGGCGAGGAGGACGACGACCAGUCCAUGCUUCUCCUCUCCCUCUGGCCUCCAGGCCACAGCGCCGCGUCGUCGUCGGCGUGCUUGUCUCACUCUAUCUCCACCACCACCACCCACGCCACCGCCCCUGCUUCCUAUCCUUGGCUUAACCAUGGCCAUUACAAUGGUGGCGGCGGGGGAGGGAGCAGCAGCAGCAGCCACAGUAGCUUCUUGUUACAUGAACAGGACCCUGAGGUGUCCAUAUCGCUCUCCAUAGCCCCUCCCAGCAGCAACGCCGCUUCCUGCGGCGGAGGCUUUGCCGUGCCAGCGGUGCCGCCGACAGUGACGACCGUGACGCCGGGCGGGAGCCAGGUGCCAAGCCAGUACUGGAUCCCCUCCGCAGCCGAGAUCCUCGUCGGCUCGACGCAGUUCUCCUGCGCCGUCUGCAACAAGACUUUCAAUCGCUUCAACAACAUGCAGAUGCAUAUGUGGGGGCACGGGUCUCAGUACCGGAAGGGUUCAGAGUCCCUGCGAGGCGCGAUCACGGUUGGUACGGCGCCGCCGGCGUCGCUGAUGCGCCUGCCAUGCUACUGCUGCGCGGAGGGGUGUCGCAACAACAUCGAGCACCCACGGGCGCGGCCGCUCAAGGACUUCCGCACGCUGCAGACGCACUACCGGCGCAAGCACGGGGCGCGGCCGUACGCGUGCCGCCGCUGCGGCAAGCGGUUCGCCGUGCGCGGCGACUGGCGCACGCACGAGAAGAACUGCGGCAAGCUGUGGUUCUGCGUCUGCGGCUCCGACUUCAAGCACAAGCGCUCUCUCAAGGACCAUGUCCGGUCCUUCGGCGGCGGCCACGCGCCGCACAUCAUCGAGUCCGUCACCAUCGAGGACGACGAGGAUGAGGACGAGGACCACGACGACGCCGACCAGAUGGACGACAACGGAAACGCCGGCGACCCCAGCGACAUGGUCGUGGUCUAG